UCCCCAUUUCUCCCCCAUAUUUCGCAUCCAAACGUACCAAGCCCAGUGCCCACAGACUAAUCCAAACCUUCUCUCCUCUCACAACCUACCAAUGCUCCAAAAUCUGUCAUCCCACUUCUCUACAUUCCCUUCUUCAUUCGCCCAUUAUUCCUCACAAAAUUACAGUCUUCUCCAGCCAUGGCCUCUUCAGAAGAGACUCACGACCCGAAUAUCUUGCAUAUCGACCCGACCCAAGAGGAAAACGGCCUCCAAGAGCGAGAGGUCGGAGGCUGAAGAGCUGGUCCGGGUGCUGAUGAGGAAUAUGAGUGGGAAAGAGCCACCGUUGAGGACUCUGAGUAAGUACGCGAAGGUUGUGAGAACUGAGCACUGUUUUCUUCUGUUUGAGGAGCUUGGCAAGAGUGACAAGUGGCUUCAAUGCCUUGAGGUGUUCAGAUGGAUGCAGAAACAACGAUGGUACAUUGCUGAUAAUGGUGUUUAUUCGAAAUUGAUAUCGGUUAUGGGUAAGAAAGGCCAAAUCCGGAUGGCCAUGUGGCUUUUCUCUGAGAUGCGUAAUAGUGGGUGCCGGGCCGACACUUCUGUAUACAAUUCACUCAUCACAGCCCACCUUCACUCGCGGGACAAAGCAAAGGCUUUGGACAAAGCUCUCAUGUACUUUGAAAAGAUGAAAGGAAUUGAGUGGUGUAAUCCCAACAUUGUAACAUACAACAUUCUUUUGAGAGCUUUUGCUCUAGCUCGGAAUGUCGAACGUGUUAAUGCUUUGUUUAAAGAUCUUGAUGAGAGCAUUAUUUCCUCUGAUAUUUAUACCUAUAAUGGCGUCAUGGAUGCAUAUGGGAAAAAUGGGAUGAUUAGAGAAAUGGAAGGCGUGCUUUCUCGCAUGAAAAGUAAUCAGUGUAAGCCUGAUUUAAUCACUUUUAAUUUAUUGAUUGAUUCGUAUGGGAAGAAGCAAGAAUUUGAUAAGAUGGAACAAGUGUUUAAGAGCUUAUUGCGCUCCAAGGAGAAACCAACACUGCCUACAUUUAAUUCAAUGAUAACUAAUUAUGGGAAGGCGCGACUCAGGGAGAAAGCAGAACAUGUUUUCAAAAAGAUGAGGGAUAUGGGAUACAGCCCAAGCUUCAUCACUUGUGAGAGUCUUAUCAUGAUGUAUGGAUUUUGUGACUGUGUUUCUAGAGCUAGGGAUAUAUUUGAUGGGAUGGUUCAAUCUGGGAGGGAGGUGAAGGUUUCAACCCUUAAUGCCAUGCUUGAUGUUUACUGUAUGAAUGGUUUGCCCAUGGAAGCUCAUAUGCUUUUCCAGAGUGCGAAAGGUAUAGGUUUAAACCCAAAUUCAUCAACGUAUAAACUUCUUUACAAGGCUUACACUAAAGCCAACAUGAAGGAGCUUUUACAGAAGUUGUUGAAGCAUAUGGACAGAGAUGGUAUUGUCCCUAAUAAGAGGUUCUUCUUGGAGGCUUUGGGAGCUUUUGGGUCUGGACCAGCAAGUACGGACAUUACAAGUGCCAAGACUGUUGUCAGCAGUCCACAUGAUAGUUCAAAAACAUAGGUGGGAGAAAGUUGCUAACAUGGCUUGUCUAUUCUUUUGAUCAUUCUUCAAUUAAGCUGAAUUGAAGCAAAUUUGUAUAUCAGAAGGAAUGAUUGCCAGGUGUGGCACCAGAUUACUGGACUUCUGACGUGAUUCAGUUUUCCAAUAAUAUGUGAGUCUCUCUUUCUCUCUUGCCAAGAGAUUACAAGUCUGGAUGGCAGUUGGAGAAGGAGUGGGAGGAAGCAGAGAAAGCAAGAAAGAGAAAUCUAGCUUUUGGAGUACAUGAUGUGGAUGAAUGGGGUGUAGACCCUGGCGAUGGAGACGACAAUGAUUCGUUGCCUUUUGUAUAUUUCAUUUGUAGGCAGCCUUUUGUUGAUCUUGGGCCACAGUGAUGUCAAUAUGGACAAAUCGUGGAAGACAUUGCUAACUGGUUUCAGGAGGUGGGAUGUCGAACAUGUAAAUUGGGAGCAAAUGAGGCGGGUCAUGGGCUCGCAAAGUUGGCGGCUAAUGUAAUCACUGAUAGAAUAUGGAUGGAGAAGACCCCAGUAGUAUUCAUGAUAUUGUACUUUUAGAGCAAUUUGCUCUUCUUGUUUAGAGUUUUUUGCUCUAGAUGAUUUUUCUGGAAUGAAUAAAAUUGUAUUUCCAAAAAAAGAAAA